UCGGGGCGGGGGCUGCGGGCCGGCGGUGGCGCCGCGUGGGGGGGCGGAGGUACAGACAGGCCGGGGUCUGCUGUGCCGCAUCCCGUUCCGGGCCGCUCCGGGCCUCUCCAGGCCUGUGCUCGCUCUGCCAACCGCCGGGCUCUCUUCAGCGGGCUCCGCUUUUGCCUUACGGGUCACUCCGGCUGCUCUCAGUGUCAAACGUUGCCAACCGAAGUGCCUUUGGCUUUUAUUUGAUUUUUUUUUUUUUUUUCUGACUCGGUUCCUGGCUCCGUUGCUGUGCUGCGGUGGGUGGGCGCGGGCUGGCCGGGCGCCUCGGGGGAAACGGCCCGUUUGUAACCAUUGCGGCGGUCCUGAGCCUGUCCUUCGUUCUGGCACCGGCACACGGCUGUAGGACGUUGCUUUACAAGGAAACUUUCUUGAAGCGAUGGGGAAACUGAUAUAAACUGUGACACUGAGGUGACAGGAGGGUGGUGCUGCAGUGCAUAUCAAUGCUUAGAUGUUAUAACUCAGCUCCUGCCUUAUCAAGCAACCAUGUCAGAAGGGGACAGUAUUGGUGAGUCUGUUCAUGGAAAGCCUUCUGUGGUCUAUCGAUUUUUCACAAGACUUGGGCAGAUCUACCAGUCCUGGUUAGACAAAUCUACUCCAUAUACUGCAGUGCGAUGGAUCGUAACUUUGGGUCUGAGUUUUAUCUACAUGAUUAGAGUUUAUUUACUGCAGGGUUGGUACAUUGUGACAUAUGCCUUGGGAAUCUACCAUCUAAAUCUCUUUAUAGCUUUCUUGUCGCCAAAGGUAGAUCCCUCUUUAAUGGAAGAUUCAGAUGAUGGUCCUUCCUUACCUACAAGGCAAAAUGAAGAAUUUCGGCCUUUCAUUAGGAGGCUCCCAGAGUUUAAAUUCUGGCACUCGGCCACUAAAGGCAUCCUGGUUGCUAUGGCAUGUACAUUCUUUGAGGCUUUCAAUGUUCCUGUUUUUUGGCCAAUCCUUGUGAUGUACUUCAUUAUGCUGUUUUGUAUCACUAUGAAGAGGCAAAUCAAGCAUAUGAUAAAGUACAGAUAUAUACCCUUCACACAUGGCAAGAGGAAAUACAAAGGGAAAGAAGAUGUGGGAAAGACCUUUGCUAGCUAGAAGGUGCAAUCAACCUUUUGACCAAUUCUGCUUACAACUAAAGGAACGAUUUUUGAGCCAUUGUAACAAUGCCUUUUUUCUUCAUAAAAUGAUUGAGUUGUGACAAAGCAGUUGAAGUUUCAUUUUAAGAGGAUCUCGCUAUUUUUAUCUGAAGUAUCGGUUGCUUGAAGAAACUGGCAUUCUAACCAACUUGCUUUGAGUUUAUCUUUUGUGAGAAGUUGGAGAAACUUUGGAUGAUCCCCUGGAUUUGGGAUAACGGAUUUCUUUCAGGAUCCAUUGCACUGGAGAGAUGAAUGGCUUUGAGUUUGAUGUUUUUACAUAGUUCUUCUCAGUAUCACCCUGAAGUGCUGUGCACGUAUGUAGAAAAAAGUCAGGUGGCACACAUGAUGCUGUUUUCUGCUUCAUGGCCAUGUGCUAUUUUCAUAUAAAAUUCAGCAGAUCUAAAUAGAUGCCAGUUUGCUAAAUGCAUGAUAUUACUGAGUCAUAAAUAUAAAUAGAAAAAGAAAUCUACAAAUGUAAGGAUUUUGCAGUAGGGAGAAAAACGCACACAGCUUCUAAAGUAACUCAUUUCUGUUAGGUUUCAAUGCCAGUUUCACCAUUACACCUCCUAGCAGAUGCUAAAAUUGGGUUCCUUCGUGAUGACUCAAAGUUUUGUUCAAAAUCUAUUCCAGUUUCCUUUGAGGACAUGGAAUUAUAAAUAUAUAUAUUUUAAUUGUUUUAGUUGGAAUUUCUUUCAUACCUAAGGGUUUCUUGAUUAACUUAAGCCAACUUCGUGCAGCCCCUUCAGAAUAUACUCCAACUGGCCAUAGGAGACAAACUUUGUGGGUUUUAACAAAGAUUUUCAUUUUCUAUAGUUAAAAAAAAAAAAAA